UUCAAAGGCAUCCUCAGCCCUAGAAGGUUUAUCAGUCAGCAGCUAUAAAAAGCCCAGCGAGUCCCACAAGUGCCACUGAUUAGCCAAUCACCACAGCCUCUUGGGCGCACUCGCAGCCCACUUAUCUGUCACAUUCCUGAAAGUCACAACUCUCGACAUAAACCAGGGUCCCGGCCACAAGGCACAGCAGUCCCAGCCCAAAACGGAAGACGGCGGAGUGCUGUCGAAGCCCAAGGGUAAAAUGGGCAACACGGUGAAAGCCAUUGCUGCCUUCAUCCCGUCGGAGAAAUGCCAGAAGCUCCUGGUCGGCGAUCUGAAAGAGAUGCCCAUCGAUAAGAUGGUGGACGUCAGCAGCAGCCACCUGAGGAGAUUCCCGAUGCCGGUGUGCUGCUUCACGGAGCUGGUGAAGCUCUACCUCAGUGACAAUAACUUGAGCGGCCUCCCUCCCGAACUGGAGCAGCUGCAGUGUCUUCAGAUUCUGGCGCUCGACUUCAACCGCUUCAAGGAGCUCCCCCUGGUGGUGUGUAGCCUGCAGCAACUGUCCAUCCUGUACCUUGGCAACAACCGACUUCAGUAUCUGCCCUGGGAGCUCAGCCUGCUGAAGGAGCUCAAGUGCCUGUGGCUGGAAACCAACUGCUUCAGCCACUUUCCAGACGUCAUCUGUGAACUCGUCAACCUCAAAACCCUCCAUGUCGGCUACAACCAGCUGAAGGUACUCCCACCCCGACUAAGACGCCUCCGCGACCUGCGCAGCAUAUGGCUGUGUGGCAACCAAUUCACCGCUUUCCCCAAAGUCCUACUACGGAUGCACUUCCUAGAUGUGAUCGACGUGGAUCGGAACCACAUCCGCCGCUUCCCAAGUCUGACUCGUCUCCGUGGCCUCAAGCUGGUCAUCUACGACCACAACCCCUGCGUCAACGCACCAAGGGUGGCCAAGGGGGUGAGGAGAGUGGGGAGAUGGGCCAUGAGCCCCGAGGAGGAGGAGGAGGAGGAACGGCGACGGAGGGAGCGAGAGAGGGAAAAGGAGAAGGAAAAGGAACAAGAGACGCCCAAAGUCGAGCAGAGUCUGGCGACGACCGAACAGGUGGAACAAGCCGCACCCACCGUGUAAGGGAGAGGAUGGACGAUGAACCAUGGCGCCUGUGCGAGAAGGCCAAGUGUGACCUUA